CGACGGCGCAGAACGCAAGCGACGCUCUCCUCUUCUUUAUCAACUUUUCCUCCUUCUCAACAUGACCAAGAAGGUGCUGUGCAUGAACCCAGGUCCCAUCGAAUUUGAGCCUCGUGUGCUCAAGCAGUUCGCCAUGGAAGGCAUCUCGCACGUGGACAAGACAGUGAUCGAAGUCUUCGGCCAGUGUCUGGAGAAGAUGCGCAAGGUCCUCCUGGCCGCAGACGGCCAGCCGCUCAUCGUGGCAGGUUCCGGUACACUCGGAUGGGACAUGGUGGGCGCUAACCUCAUUAACAAGGGCGACGAUGUGCUUAUUGUCAACAACGGCUACUUCGGCGACAAUCUGGCCGAGUGUCUUGAGCGCUACGGUGCCAAAGCCACCCACCUCCUUAGCAAGCUUGGCUCCCAACCUUCAAUUGCAGAGCUGGAGAGUGCGUUAACAAGCGGCAAGAGCUUCAAAGUGGUGACAAUCACGCACGUGGACACGUCUACUGGUGUUCGUGCCCACGUGAAGGAGUUUGCGGCAGCGAUUCGUCGUCUCCAACCGGAUGCUGUCAUUGUAGUGGACGGCGUGUGUGCCACUGGUGGCGAGGAGACUCGUAUGAAGCAAUGGGACCUGGACGUGGUGCUCACGGGCUCUCAAAAGUGCUUCGGCGUCCCUGCCGGUCUCAGUCUCCUGGUCGUCCGUCCUCGUGCUCUACAGCUCUUUGAGAAGAACACGUCGACUGUCAAAUACUACGUGGACUGGCGUAACUGGCUGCCUAUUAUGAAGAACUACGAGGCUCGUCAGCCCAGUUACUUUGCUACUCCGUCCGUGAAUCACUUAUUCGCACUUAACGAGGCGAUGGACAUUAUGCUCGAAAAUGGCGGCAUGGAACAACGCUUUAAAGAGCACCAACUCAUUGGAGAUGCUCUUAAAGACGCUAUGAAGACACUGGGCUGUUCUCUGGUGACUGCAGACGACUGUGGCGCCAACACGUUGACGUGUGUGCGUUAUCCGGCCGGUGUGGGCGCUGCCGACUUCCUUCCGAAGGUCGUGAAGCGUGGUGUGUCACUCGCUGGAGGGCUCCACAAGGCCAUUAAGACGGAAUACUUCCGUAUUGGCCACAUGGGCCCAAGUACGCGUCGUCUGGAUCAUAUUUUGAAGACCGUGGAGGCUAUUGAGGGCGCGUUCAUCGAGUGUGGCCACAAGGUGGCGCAACCGGGCACGGCGGUGAAGGACCUUAAGAAGAAGCUUCAAGCCACGAUCCCAGUGCACCCGGCGUGCGGCUAUGGGUCAGUGUACCAUGGCUGUCCCGUGCCCCCGAAGUGCCAAGUGUACUCGAUCGGUACCGUUGUCAUUGCGUUUGCUGCUGGUCUCCUCAUCUCGCAGUUAAAGAGCAAGAUCUAGAAGAACUGGUUGGGGCUGGAAAGGAAGUCACCGUCGAUGUGAACAUUGUUCGUGAUGGCGAGUCUUUGCGGGGUAACUUUUUUGCUUUAAGGGGAAGAAGACGGACCCGCUUACAAACCGCGCCUACAUGAUGAAUGUUUCGUUAAAAAAUACAACCUUUUGACAUUUUUUUUAUCC